CCACAGAAAACAAAUAGGAUGGUUUUACUCACAGUUUAACUGACUUUGUUUUGACCGCUCGCACGUGUAUACCAAUCAAAACGCCUGAUUCUUUGAAAAACCAAUCAAGACUUUCGCGGCGUAGACAUGCCAACGAAGAAACAUGAUGGCCAUUUUAGUUUUUAAAAAGUAAUGGUGGGCAGUGUUGUUUUUAAGUCUGUUUGUCUUCUAUAAGCUUUUCAUAUUUGUAAUAUUUGUUUUUUUUAUGUUCUAAAAUGUGAAGAUAAAUAUAUUGCCACGUUUUUUAGCUACGUGCAGAUCUUAAAAGCCCCAGUUUUAUGAUUUUUGGCUAGGAACGAAUAUUUUGAAGGCUAGCUAGCUAAUAGCCUUACUUUUUACUAAUUUUGUUUGGUAUAAGAGGUUUUUCUCCAACCCAACAUUUAUUUUUAUGUCGAGGAUAUAGCCAUUUAGCUAUAUCAUAUAUUUACCUAAAAAGUUAGAGUAUAAAAAUUCAGUUUGGCUAUCAAUAUCGCAAUAUUCUCAGCAAUCAAUCUUAUGCUAAAUGCAGUUUAGCUAGGUAGCUACAUCUUUAAUUAUUUUCCUUAAAACAUUUUUUGCAAAUAAAAUGACUGAGCAAUUGCUUUAGCUGGAGGGGUAACGGCAGACUUUUUCUUGUGUUGUCAUUCAAACCGAAGUUGUGAUAAAGUUAUUUUGGAGAAGGGUACUGUUCACAUCCCGUACUAAGCUGUCAGCUCAGUGUUAACAAUAGCCUGUUUUUGGAAAAAGGCUGUUACGCCUAUGCGGGUCAGCCCACUGUGACAAUUAAUUUUAUAAACUUUCUUGGGAAUCACGCCUGUACGAAUGUCCAACAAUGUUUACCUGGACUAACCUCUUAGCCCUGAGCAAGAAGCGAAGGACUGUUUCUUGUGUUUUCAUUUAAAUAGAGUCUGCAAGAAAGUUUUUUUCAAAAGGGUGUUAUCCCUAUACACCUGUGUAACACCGUUUAACUGUACUAAGCGCUCAGUCCGGUGUCACGAUUAAUUUUUUAACUUUUACAAAAACUUAUUCCGCAAAAUAAAAUAAUAUUGACCGAUUGUUUUUGCUAUGACAGAGUCACAACGGUUGUAAACUGUGUUUUUAAUUCAGCCUUUGUUGCAGGAAAGUUUUUUUUUGAAAAAUAUGUUACAGUCGCAACACUAUAAUGGUGUGUGCGCUUCACUUGAUUUACGACAUACCGCAUACCUGUACUAAAGCGCUCCACCUGACUGUGUCGCACAGUUUGCAGUUCUUUCUAAGCGCUACUUAGGGUGUUCAACAACAGUUACUUGUGGCUCAUCCCAGCGAUUCGACGCCGGGUUUGCCGGCUAGUUUAUUUAUAUUUUAGUUAGGAAGAACCUCGACCCAAAGGCUUUUCUCUAUAAUAAUGCGAUGUGUGUGUCUGUAACAGGCAAAGUGGAUUAUAUUUGUUACAAUUUUCUUUAAAAGCGUCUAUAAUAUAUCUCCUAUAAGAAUGUUAUAAAUUAUGUUAUUGAGUGGAUUCUCAAAAGGGAUUUUCGUUUAAACCUUUUUCAGCCUUCUAACGGAGUUGCUAAAUUUUGUGAUAAAAGGAAAAUAAAUUUUAAAAAGACAAUUAGUGGAUUAUUCCACGGGUUUAAAUAACAAGUAUACUAUAUUAUAUCAUGUGCAGAUUUUACAAAAAUAACAUCUUAACAACACCUGAGCUUUAUUUGUAUACAUUAUUUAAAUUUUGUGAGUCAUUCCUACACUUUUGAGGGAAAAUAUCGACUUUUAGUUUUAGGAUUAUAUUCAACCUGGGCGUUAUAUAUGUUUCUUUCAUUCAUGGUCAAUUUACUGCUGGACGGAAUAUAUUUGAGAGUAAAGUUAUGUCUGAAUACUGAGAAGAUUAAAUUGGAAAACAACGACGUAUAUUAUAUAGGAGAACAUUGAUAGUAGACAGUCGUUUACAUUUAAAAAAAGAUUAUAAUACACUAGUCGUUAGCGCGUGGAAAAAUACACGGGGUAAGCCACAAGUCAAGGCGCGACCAGGCGUUAAACACUCUGUGGAGCGCUUCAUAAGAGCCGUAAACAAUCCGGUGGAGCUCUUUAGUACAGAAUUUUACAUCUUCCUUCGAAGCCUCUUUAUUUUGACGUUGAUAGUUGAUAACUCCAAAAUCUGAAAUUGAUUUAACGGAAGUACCAUUAGCACCAUUAACUUUCAAAAUGUUUCAACAUGUUAAGUAUGAGUUAAGAAAUUUAAAGGACUACGCAACGAUAUAUCAACUGGGUUUGAUGAUAUACCAGUGAAUUUUGCUAAAUUACUAGCAAAUGAAAUUUCUUUUAUUCUAACACAUAUCUGCUUUAAGAAAAAAAUGCUUACCGUGUUAAUAAAAAGUGGCGAGAGUCGCACCUAUUCCAAAAGUGAAUGUUCCUACAUCAAUAAAAAAACAAUCUCCAUCCUUCUUUUAGCCAGAUAUUUGAACGUCUUAUCCUUGCAAAAAUGAUAAUCUUUAUCGAUGAGAAGUCUUUAUACUCAAAAAUGAGGUCCGGGUAGUGAAAAUGACACUACUCGACUACUUGGUUGAUGAAACUUAGAACGUAUAUAAAAGAAGCAAUGAGUAAAAACGAAAUCAGUCUUGUAGUAUUGGCUGACUUUUCGAAAGCUUUUGAUACUUUUCAAUAUGAAACUACAAUGAGAAAACUCAACCAAAUCAGUUUUUCCAAAAGGUUCGUAGAUUUAACUUUGAUUUACUUGUGUGUCAGAAAACAAAUUGUGCGAAUCAAUGAUAAGCCCUCUGCAUUUUUUAACGUGACAUCUGGUGUGUCGCAAGGGUCAAUAUUAGGCCCUAUUAUUUUCAAUUUAUGUCACUUUCCUGGAAAUGAACUUGACAUUGUGUACGUUACAGUAUGCUGACAACACCACCACCAUUUACGUGCAUAAAAUUAAAUUUUCUUGGGAAGGCCAAAGAACAAAUAUACGGAGAAUAAGUCAAUUUCAAAGAUGAUCUACAAAUAACAAUCUCUUCUGAACAUAAAAGAACAAAGCCAAUUGUGUUUUCAACAUCAUAAAUGUCAAAACGGCACAACCUCAAAGACCUCGAUUGUAGUUAUAAAACUGGAUGAUUUCCAAAUGGAAAGAGUUCCAACAUGGUCUGUAUUGGGUGUUAAAUGAGAUGAACACCUAUAUAAUAUAUUAAUUGUUAACAUAAUGUUGGCGACUUGUUAUUAUGUUAACAUGAUAUUAUUAUGUCGACUUGUCAUAGGUAUAUCGACUUGUUGUUAUUAUGUCAACAUAAUAUGAUUGCUUAUUGAAUCCAGUGAAGUAGCAUAUGUCAUCAAGUCGUCUACUGUUGUUAACUAAAAGAUGGCGGCUGGUGGAGUGUCCGAUCCUACUAUAGUGCUCGACAACAAAAAUGAGAUUAUUCAAUUUCUUCAAGAUAAAGUGUAUGGUGCUGAUAUCAUAAACAAGAUUAAGACAAGCAAGGUUUCGUGUGAAUCUCUGCAUUUAUUUCAAAAAGAAGAUUUUACGUCUAUGGGUAUAGCUUUGCCAAAUUAUUACCUUAUUCCGGAAAAGUUUUCCAUUAACCAAAAGAAUAAGCUUCAAAGAGCUUCUGUUUUAAAGUCAUUCAUUUUGCAUUCCAAGCGAAAUAAAACAUCAAACAGAAAGCUGAUUAGAUCAAAGACCGAAAUGAUAACUGAAGCACGAUAUAAGCAAGUCAGAGAGUCAUCUGGUGGAGGAAGGAAAGCAAAAGUACUGAAACUUUCCUCAAGUUAUGAAGAAACUUUAAAUGUAGCAAGGAACUUCUUUUUCAGUAAUGGAAAAAGUAGCAAGGGAAAAAAUAGUAUUCAUUAGAACAUUACAUAGCUGGUUUUAGCCUUAAUGCGUUUGAUUCAGCUACCUUCAUACUAAACGACUAUGUAUAGGGGUCAGGUUUGACAAAACAAAAUAUUGCGCUAUUAACAAAAACAAGAAAUUUUCUUCAGGAGCAUGUGUAGAUACGUGGAAGAAGCAUCAACAUCACUUCUUCAGGACCGGAUCUAGGAUUUUUUUUGACUGGUGUAAAAAAGCUUCACCGUCCGCCAGGGCUGUAAUUUUGCAACUGGGGGUUUGGGGGGGGCGUUGUGAGCCCCCCAAAGCGUCCAGAAGCCAACGCCUUUUAACGCCAUUAAACGGCUAAAAUAGCUUAAAAUCAUCUCUCAGACUCAUCUUUGCUAAGUAGGUGUAAAUGGUUUUUUUAGUUUUUUAGCUGACGAAGAUUAUAUUUUGGAAUGUUUUUUGUACAACUUGAGUAAUUUAAAUGUUUUUUAAAAAAAUUUGGUGUCAUGCCUUAUUACCUUUAGGGA